UCUUUCUUCUCAUCUCCUUUUUUUAAUACUUGUUUAAAAAGUAGCGGAAUUUUCUUCCUCAUUUUUUACUUGCAACCAACUCAGCGGCUGGCAUAGUUGUUUUUCGGCCCUCCUCUCUUUCUUCUUUCUCAUAACAAUAAACCUCUCUCUCACCAAAAGUCAUUUUUGACGACGGUAGAGUGAACUAUAAAGCAAGCUUAUCUGCUCUUCAAACUCCUUUUUUUUGUGUGACUGAUAUACCAAAUGACCACCCAGCUUUCGUCUUCGCUGAAGGUCGGUGGCGCCCAGAACGCCGUGGGCGUCACCGAUAAUAAUCACCAGGCCGAAAGCAAUCAGUUAUGUACCAAGACCUGCAGCUCCAACGGGACGCACAGCGAGGGGUACACGGGUGCCUUUGAGGGGCCCGAAAAGCUCCUGGAAAUGUGGUUUGCGCCAACAGCCGAGGCUGCAGUCUGCAUUAAUCAGGAGGUCAAGCUUAGCGACGAGGACCAGGAUCAGUGGUCCGAGUUGCGCAGUGGCCUGAGGUGCGUGCCUCGCGCAGUGUGGCGCGAUAUGCUGGACCUCGUACACUGCCAGGUGCUGAGCACCUUGUGCAAUGAGCACAUCGAUUCGUAUCUCUUGAGCGAGUCGUCGUUCUUUGUUUACUCGCACAAGCUGGUUCUCAAGACCUGCGGCACGACAACGCUGCUGUACGCCAUCCCGCGUAUCCUUGACAUCGCUCGCGCGUAUCUUGGAGCCACCGGAGCGUACCAGCUGUUCUACUCGCGCAAAAAUUUUAUGUUCCCCGACCAGCAAGAAGAGCUGCACCGCUCAUGGGAGAAGGAGGUCACGUACCUGGAUGCCCGGUUCCCCGAGGGCUCCGCGUACCUCAUUGGCAAGACCAACCGCGACCACUGGCACGUGUACAUGAGCGGGCCCCAUGAGUGCGUUCUCGCUAACGGACACCGCAGCAUCGGCGGGGAGCAGGAGGAGGAAGAGGUAGAUGAGAGGGAAGGAGGGGAGAGAGAAGGGGGGGAGAGGGAGAAUCAGACGGACACCGCCGUUAAUAACUCGGCCGAGGGCUCGCCACUGUUCUGCGCUAUCAGCCGCAGCUCAUCGCGCUCUACCGUGCAUAGCAUGUUGGCCUCGUCUGACUAUGCUACCACCGCUGCUGCUGCCGCCGCCGCUGGCGGUCAUGGGCCGCGCGCGAGCUUGGCUGUUGAGGACACCACUGUGGAGAUCCUGAUGACCGGACUGGACCCCGAGCGCAUGCGCGUCAUGUACCUCGGUGGCGUCAGCUCCGAGGAGGGCGCCAUCGGCGGCAAGGCUGUCGAGCAUGCAUCGGGCAUUUCGGCCAUCUACCCGGAGUCUGCCAGCGACUCAUACCUGUUCACGCCCUGCGGUUUCUCGCUUAACGGCGUCCAGGACGAUGGCUACUAUACCAUCCAUGUGACGCCAGAGCCGCACUGCUCGUACGCGAGCUUCGAAACCAACAUCUCGAACAACAGCGGAAUUGAUUUGCACAAGCCUGAGGGGAUCAAGAGCCUGGUUGAGAAGGUCACUAAGGCGUUUGGUCCACGCUAUGUCACUGUUACCGUGUUUAAGGCUCGUGGCGGAGAUGAGUUGUCUGGCGGGUAUGCCGCUAGUGCUGCUGCUGGUGCUGGAAAGGAUAGGAAGGCACUGCGUUAUGCCGUUGCUGAGGCGGAUGUCGCUCCUCCGGCGUUCGAGGUGGUCGACGGGUACAAGUCUGUGGACCGCGUGCUUUAUGAGUUUGACCACUACUGGUUGCGCUAUGGCUACUAUGUCAUGGCUGACUGAGUAAAUUUCUUCAUACUCGCUCUCUUACUUUUUACUUUAUCAUUUCUCGCGAGGGCUGCAGACUUUUGCGAGCUCAAUUGAAAGUGGAGGGGUGCGAUUGUGGUUUUGAAGGCGGUAACUCACGAUUAACGACCUUGAUGGACAACUAUUAUUCUUUUUUCUUCUAUCUUUCUAUUUUUUCAUGUUGUCUGUUCUAACUAUUAAAUGCAUUUUAUUAUCAAGUCAAA